AUGACGCGGGUCCUCCUCACGGGUGGCUCUGGCUUCAUCGCGACGCAUGUAUUGGACCAUCUCGUCCAGCGAGGAUACAGUGUGGUGACGACUGUGCGCUCUGCAGCCAAGGCCGACAAGAUCAGAGCUGCGUACCCAACAAUCGGUACAGAUCGACUGGAUUUUGCGAUUGUGGAAGACAUUGCCCAAGAUGACGCCUUUGACGACGCCCUCAUAUCCACUCCACCAUUCGACGCCGUCAUUCACACGGCCAGCCCGUUCCAUUUCAAUGUCACAAAUGUGCAACGAGAUCUUCUAGAUCCUGCAACCAAGGGGACGACUGGUGUUCUAAGAUCUAUUGUCAAGAAUGCGCCCACGGUAAAACAAGUCGUCAUCACUUCCUCCUUCGCCUCGGUUGUGAAUCCUUUCAAAGGAACUUGGCCAGAGCACACGUACACGGAAGAAGACUGGAAUCCUGUCAAUCUGCAACAAGCCUCGGAAAGCAUUGUCAAUGGCUACCGGGCAAGUAAGACUUUUGCUGAGAGAGCGGCGUGGGACUUCUUGCAACAAGAGUCGCCUCCUUUCUCACUCACGACCCUUUGUCCGCCGCUGGUAUUGGGGCCCGUGAUAAACCCUUUACUAGUAGGCAACCUGGACAACCUCAACACCAGCAACCAAGUCAUCCGUGAUUUGAUUCAGGGGAAACAUCAAGACAAGAUCCCGGACAACGCCACCUUCACGUGGGUAGAUGUGCGUGACCUCGCCCUCUGCCACGUCCUGGCAUUGGAGAAGCCCGAAGCCGCAAAUCAACGCUUCCUAGUCUCCGCCGGCCACUUCUGCAACGCGGAGCUUGUGGACAUAAUCAGGAAGAAACACAAUCGACUGCGGGAUCAGCUACCUGCAGAGAGGAGUCCUGGUGGUGGGUAUCCAGAGGCUGGGCUGUACAAGGUCGACAGUAGCAAGGUUGUAAAGAUCUUGGGCGUCACAUGGAAGGAAUUGCCCGACACCGUCACGGAUACCGUGAACUCGUUGCAAAGUAUGGGCGAUGACAAGGUGGAAGCUGAGAACUGGGAGGUCCAGCCCGACAUGGUUGGCACGGAGCAAUACAUACAGGCCGAACCCGCGUGGGCGAAAUAUAUUCCAGGAGGCUACUCAAGGUCGAGAUGCUUGAAACUGUCGGGCAUGCCUAUGGUGGCAUGUAUCCUUGCCCUGGCAGGGACGUGUCUGCUUUUCUUUGGCUACGACGCUGCCGUCAUGAGUCUGGUCAAUAUCAACCCGAACUAUCUGCAACACAUGGAUUCUGCUGGAGGCACGGACCGUGAUGCCGCCCGUGUCGGAGGGAUCGUGAGCUUCUGGUUUCUGGGCUUUCUCGUAGGUGCGAUUUUGGCCGGCAGCUAUGCCGACAAGAUCGGUCGACUCAGAACCAUCCAACUGGGAUGCGUUUGGGGAAUCGUGGGUGCCUGUCUUUUGGCAUCCGCUCAGAACUUCUCUUGGAUGGUUUGUGCCCGUAUCAUCAGCGGCAUAGGUUGCGGUCAUCUCAAUACCAUAGCCCCGAUUUGGACCUCGGAAAUCGCAGACUACAACCUACGGGGCGCAUACGUUUCGGUGCAAUUUACCAUGUGCGUCGCUGGGGCGACUAUGACUUAUUGGAUGGAGUACGCUGCUCUCAAGACCAGGUCUCUUCCAUUCGCCUGGCGGUUUCCACAAGCUUUCCAAAUGGUCUUUUUACUACUUAUUGUCCUUGCGGCCAAUUUCUUUCCAGAGUCACCUCGCCAUCUCGCCAAAACGGGUCGCUUUGAGGAGGCUCGCGAGAUACUUCACCGUUGUCGCCUUCGACCUUCGGAGCAGGCGAUUGAGCAGGAACUUGCCGAGAUUCGGGAAGCCAUUCGCAUCGAGGCCACUUCCUCGGCUCAUGGAUUUCUUUCCAUGAUAUGGAAAAAGGAUGCUCUGCAUACCCGCCGUCGCGUUGCCCUGGCCAUGGGUAUCCAAGCUAUGGAGAAGCUUUGUGGUCCUGAUGCUAUUGCAGCCUAUGGGCCAACCAUCUUCGGUCUCAGUGGGUUCACUGGUAACUUAUCUGCCAUGUUGGCUGGCUUCAACUUUAUAUCCUACACGUGCAGUGUACCAAUCGGCAUGUACUUCGUGGAGCGAGCCGGGAGACGCAAGCUGAUGUUAAUUGGUUUGUUAGUCAUGGGCUCUUCUCUGCUCAUUGCUGGGCCACUGGCGAGAGUAGCCAUCAAUACGCCAGAGACCGAGUUGUCCAAGAAAAGAGCUUAUGGUGCCGCGGUGGUAGCAUUCGUAUUCUUGUACACCUGCGGGUUCGGCAGUACCUGGAUCACAUGCUGCUGGGUCUAUCCGACAGAGGUCUUUCCUCUCGCCACACGAGCAAAGGGUGUCUCCUUGUCUAUGGUGUCGUUCGCCAUCUGGGGUGCCGUCAUUAAUGAAGUCAUCCCGUAUGUCAUCAGCGCUGUGGGGUGGUGGGUUUUUAUCAUGUUCGCGGUCAUGAACUUCAUCCAGAUCAUACCUGUGUGGCUUUUCUACGUCGAAACAGCCGAUCGUCACCUGGAGGAUCUUGACAUCCUUUUUGCCAGCGACAGUCCUUUGGCGUAUAAGAUGGAACGCGAGUUUGCCGAAAAGAAACGUACCCUCGGCUUCCACACAGAUGUACAAGAGCUUGUGCGCACCGCCUAA